GGAAGAGGCUCCUUAAUAAACCUCCCACUAAGCUUUUUGCAGUUAAGAAAGCAGGUACAAACCCAAAGUCAUUUUCUUCUUUUCAAAAUUUAAUUCGUUUUUGGCAAAAAAAAAAAAACAAAAAAAAUGGAAGGAGAAACUAAUCGAUCGGGGCCGUUACCUUUACCCUCCGCCGAUUCGGAUGAAGGAAUCAGCUCUGCGAUUGAGUCGGAGCUCGCCGAGUUAGCUGCCGGAGAUUCAAGCGGCGGUGGCGGAGACGGAGGAGGAAUUAAGAGCAAAGUGAAAGGACCCUGGUCUACGGAGGAGGACGCGGUGCUCACGAAGCUUGUGAGCAAGUUAGGCCCGAGGAAUUGGAGCUUGAUCGCUCGUGGAAUCCCUGGCCGCUCUGGGAAAUCUUGUCGAUUGCGUUGGUGUAAUCAGCUUGACCCUUGUCUCAAGCGUAAGCCUUUCUCUGAUGAGGAAGAUCGUAUGAUAAUCUCUGCUCACGCGAUCCACGGGAACAAAUGGGCCGUGAUUGCGAAAAUGUUACCCGGAAGAACAGAUAACGCUAUCAAGAACCAUUGGAACUCAACGCUCAGACGCAAAUACGCAGAUCUGUGGAAUAACAGUCAGUGGAUGGCGAAUCAAGUUACCACCGCUCACAUCAAGAGCGAAAAUGUAGACGGAGUAACUUAUCCUCAAGGAGAUGUCGUUUCAUCACCACAAGUUAAUGAUGUUACAAUGGAUGAUUCAGCUAAUGAACCUCCUCAAGAAGAAGCUCCGGUAGAGAGUAACGCUCCGAUAGACAGUCACGUGUUUCGUCCCGUGGCUCGUGUUGGCGCAUUCAGCGUCUAUAACCCAACCAGCCAGAGAAACAGGUACAGGAACCACAAUAUAGUUCCGUGUGAAGGACCGUUGAUCCAAGCGGCUAAACCGGAUUCACUGGCUGGUAAAUUUCUACAGUCUCUCUGCGAUGAACCUCACAUCCCUUCGAGAUGUGGGCAUGGUUGCUGCUCUGCUGGAGCCAAGUUCUCCCCUGACUCGGUAUUGGGACCGGAGUUUGUGGAUUACGAAGAGCCUCGUGCAGUUUUCAACCAAGAACUGAUAUCUAUAGCGACUGAUUUGAACAACAUUGCGUGGAUAAAGAGUGGCCUUGACAAUAGUACCAUUGUCAGAGAAGCAGAACAGAGUUUGAAGACUGAUAGUUUCGGUUUUUUUGACCCUCGAAUCAAGUUCAAUGGAAUGAUGCCUAGACGAGAUUUCUUCUGUGCAAGAAGCUGAAAAACUCUGUAGAAGGGAUUCAGAUGAGAUUCAUCUUACCCUUUCUUUUUCAUUCUUUGCGUUUUGAACGCACAUGGAUGAUGAUCCUCAUGUCGAUAAGUACCAGACUUGUCGAGGGUUUUUUUCUUCUGAUCUUUUGAUUCGGAUUUGAGGGAAGAGAGGUUACAACAGAGAGUCUGUAAUGAUCAUUUCAACAUUUUGAUCAACUUCGACUCUCUUAUACAUACAUAAAAUCCAAAUCAUAGAUAUAGACAUUGAUUGAAAUCGAUUUUAUCUUAUUCGUUUUCUCUCACAUGUUUCUUUCUGUACUUCGACUUAACAACUUUAAAUGUGUUGUGACUGGAUUCCAAUUAAAAAUGUUAGAAAAAUGUUCACAAUUCGUGACUUGGAGAACUCGUAUUGUGAUU